AUGGCAGUACACCUGGACGACGUUCAGGAUCGAACAACCGCGAAUAUCAUCCACGGGAAGGAUGAGGAGCAGCAUGAUUCUGCUGCGGAAAUCUUGAAAGGAGCCCAGCGGGCUACCGAAGAUGAGCAUACCAUGGGGCUCCGCGAGGGUAUUCGCAAAUACCCCAAAGCCGUGUUCUGGUCUAUCUGGUUCUCCUCCGCGUUAAUCAUGGAAGGCUUCGACCACGCUUUCGUUAGCGGCUUCUUUGCUUUCCCUGCUUUCCAAGAGCGAUACGGUGAGCUUCAGAGUGAUGGAACAUAUCAGGUUCCCGCAGACCUCCAGUCAGCUGUCAGCAAUGGUGUGAAUGCCGGUGAGAUUGUGGGUCUUCUGCUCAACGGCCUUCUCGCAGACUGGUUUGGAUACCGAUGGGUGAUGAUUAGCUGUCUCAUUCUAAUGGUCGCCUUCAUCUUUUUGCAAUUCUUCGCGACAAGCAUCUACAUGUAUCUUGGCGCCGAGAUCUUACUCGGGCUUCCAUGGGGCGUCUUCCAGACGUUAACAACUACAUAUGCCGCCGAGGUCUGUCCGAAUGUCCUGCGACCAUAUCUCACCAUGUUGGUGUCCCUUUGCUGGAGUAUUGGCUACCUGGUUGGUACAGGUGUCCUUCGCGCAUUUCUUUCCUCGGAAGGACAGUGGGCCUAUCGGAUCCCGUUCGCACUCCAAUGGGCGCUCCCUAUCCCACUUGCCAUCGGCAUCUUUCUCGCACCCGAGUCUCCAUGGUGGCUCAUCCGGAAGGGACGCAUUCAAGAUGCCGGGAAGGUACUCCACCGACUUCGAUCCAAGGAUAGCUCUGAAGACGAAAUAUCGGACACACUUGCAAUGAUGGAGCAGACAGUUAAGAUCGAGAAUGAAAUGAAAUCUACCAGUAGCUACUGGGAUCUGUUCAAAGGAGUCAAUUUGCGCCGAACUGAGGUCACCGUCUUCACGUAUCUCAUUCAAGAGCUCUGUGCCCCUCUUGUCGCUUACAUCGUUUACUUCCUGGAGCAAGCAGGUCUUCCCGCCACUGCAUCCUUCAACUUCGGCAUGGGGGAAUAUACUCUGGCUAUAGUAGGCGUUUUUGUUGCAUGGUACCUUGUCCCCAAGAUCGGCCGACGGACACUGCUGCUGGCUGGCACUGCAUUCAUGACCGCCACGACUUUCGUGAUAGGGUUCCUCGGUAUUCCGAAUAUAAGCACGCACCCCAAAAUUGGUUACGGGAUCGGAACGAUUUUGCUGAUCGAAUAUUUUGUCUUCUUCAUCACCAUCGGCCCCAUAAUCUACACGAUCGUGACCGAGAUCCCAUCCAACUAUCUCCGCAACAAAAGUGUCGUACUUGCACGUGCAGUAUACAAUGUCGCAGUUCUGGUUUACGGCCAGUUGGUUCCGCAUAUGAUGCAAAAGGCAUCUUGGAACUGGGGAGCCAAAUCUGGAUUCUUUUAUGGUGGCAUCAUGGGACUUGGCUUGAUCUGGGCGUACUUCCGGCUGCCGGAAACGAAAAACAGAACCUUUGCUGAGAUGGAUAUUCUAUUUAGGAACGAGAUAAAGGCACGAGACUUUGAGAAGACGAAGGUGGAUAUCGCUAGUGAGACUGUGUACCAAGAUUGA